GGCGAGCGGAUCUACAUGUCCUUCGUUGGUUUCUCAUGUUCCUGGUUCGAAGACACCUCGCGCGUCUCGCGCCGCGUAUAUAAGUCAAAACCAGAUCGCAGCAAGGUGCACAGCCCGGACAGUCCUUCAGCCAGUAAGGACACACCGAGCAUGAUGCAGGCACUGAUUCCAGUUUUCGCGAUUCUCGGCGCGGCGACGGCGGCGGCGGCGGCGGGCGCGCAGUUGACCCUGCUGCCCUACGCCUAUCUGGCGGAUCCACUUCCGGUGUACCAUCAGUCGCAGGACACGCGCGCCGGGGUGCACGCGUACAGCUACGCCGGCGGUCCGUCCGCCAAGGAGGAAGUCCGGGGUCUCGACGGGGUCACGCGCGGCUCCUACAGCUACGUGGACGCGCACGGUAUCCUGCAAUCCGUCUUCUACGUCGCGGACGAGGGCGGCUUCCGCGUCGCGGCGACGAAUCUGCCUACCGACGGCGGUAAUGUGCCGCUCGAGACCGGCGAGGUCCUGUUAGCUGAGUACGCCCACCAGCAGGAACACGCGAAGGCCGCCGCCGAGAGGGUGGAGGCGGGACACAAGGCGAACCGCAGGAAGCGCAGCCUCGAGAUACCAGCCGAUCAAGAUCGUCAUCAGGUAGAAAAUCCGAGUUCCCAGGGAGAUCAGGCCGAUCGGGACGCAGCGGCGGCGGCGGUGGUGAAGAGUUCCCACGAGCUUCCAGCGCCGGAGGAAAAAUCCGCCAAGGAUCGGACCAAUCGCAACGCGCCUGUGUACGGAUUGCUCGACUCGGUUCUGAUCCCGAGAUUGACCGCCGGCGCGGCGACUUCUCACCAGAGCCGCGUCGAUGUUAACAAUAACAUUCGAUUAAAGGCCGUUCAACCCAUCGAGACGAUCGGAGUCCUGUCGGAGCCUGCUUACGGGACGGUGAUCCUCCCUAGUCAGGUACCUCUGGCGACCUCUCAUCAGAGUCGCGUCCAGGUGCACGACGAUCUUCGCGUCAAGGUGCCGGAAAAGGUGCUCGUCAACGCCGAAACGAUCGAGGUGCAGCCUCAGAUAGCGGAAGCGGCCGCCGCGGUCAAGCUCGAGCCGCUUUCGUUCGUCUCCGCUCUUCCCGAUUACAAUGUAAAUCGAAUCCAGCUUCACAAAAAUCUCGGACUGGAGGGUCCAAGUCGCAAGGACGCCGUCAAGAUAGACGCGGCGCGGCUGGCGAUCGCCGCGGUUCCCGUCAUCGAGGAAGCAGUUCCGGUCGUCGCCAAGGAAGCGGCACCGAUCGUCGUCAAGGCAUCGAUUCCGGUCGUCACCAAGGAACCACUUCCGGUCGUUACUGCCGUCUCCAGCCAGAGCAGGUUCCAGGUCCAUCGCAAUUCCAAACUCGAAGUACCCGUGCCGAUACUCGAGCCGACCGUGUACUUGGCGGCUCCCUACGCUCAACCGAUCACCACCUGGCCGAUCUUAGCACCCAUCGCUCACUCCUCUCAAUACCGCUAUCAGAUACACUCGAACGAGAAGGUCAAACUGGAAAAAUAAGGACUCGAUCGAUUGCCCCAUUGAGAUCGCGAAGAAUUUUCUUCGCGCGUUUUUUUUUUUUUUAAUUUAUUCUCGUUGCUAAUUUUUCAUAAAUUUUUGCAUUUAAUUCUAUUCGAUGACGCCUUGACAAAUAACACUUUCAGCUCUCUGGCGAGACGGAUAACAAUAAUUUAUAAAUGUUUCAUGGAUAUUUUAUUUAUUUAAAGAAGCGAUCUUCGUAAUUUGUAAACCGUACGCUUUUUUAUCUCUUGACAAAAGCGGUUGUUAAAAUUAAUGCGAUUGUAUGUUGAAAUUUUAUUGCAAAGCAAAAAAUGUCUAGGCGCUAAAAGGUUAAAAUGAAUCGCGCGAAUAAGUCACUCGCAUUGUGCACAAAUAAUUAGAAUGAAGCAUUACCUUCAGCGAGAAUUCUGUUGAACGGCUGAUUGAUGACAAACUUGUUCCGCAGUAGCUCGCUCUGUGGAUAUCAUUGUCCGUCCUCGCCUUGCGCUCAUUUAUCCUGUAACGAGCAUCUUACAAACUUGUAUUAAAUUAUUGUACGAUUAUGCGAUCCUCAUACGAUUCACAUUAAAAAUACAUUAUCAAUC